UUAGGCCUGGCUCCUUUGUUAGGCCUGGGUUGUGUAGUGGGCAGUUUGUAUCUUUCUAACAGAUUUCCAUGGAUAUUUUUGGCUUCCAUACAAAAAUCCCCCAGCAACUCCUCCUCAAACUAUUUAAAUUAUUUCAAAAAAUCCCCACCAAGUCCCUCUCUUGUGUUUAAAUUUAAUAAACUAUCAGGUUAUGCUCUUCUUCACAUUUGUUCUUCCUGUUCUUUUUGUAAUAUAUUGUUACAUUCGAAUUUUACGAACCCUAAACGAGGCAACUUUUAAUUCAUUCCAUUUAAAUGCCGGAAGUUCAAUAGUCCGUAAACACACUAGCAGUUCACACACUAACAGCACAUUACUUAACGCUUUAACAGAAGAGAAUUUGCCUUCUACUAUCAAUAAUUCUAAUAGCAAUACAGCUGGGAAUAAUUCGGAUUUGAAUGCUAGAGACUCUUUUACAAGAAGUUCCCUACGUAGUCAGAGGGCUCAUAAGACAGUUAUGAAGAUGUUGAGUGAGUUUGUCUUUUUUCCUUUAAAAUUAAAGUUAGGUAAUGAAUCUGUCCCUUUGAUUUCUAUGUAUUAUUCUAGCACUGGGACAUUCUCCUAUAAAUUUAAAAGUGAUUAG